UAGGUUUUUGUGUCAAAGGUGAAGAUCCUUUCAAAGGAUCAGGCGAUAGGACGCCCUCAAGUUUGACUAUCGUAGAACGUGGCACACCUCUUACUUUCAUCAAUCUUCUUCAGAUGACUUGGGAGGAUCGCCUAAGGGUAUGUCUUGGUAUAAGUAGACUGAUGGUUUAUCUCUCCGAAUCACCUCUUGGAUCCCUGGCCAUCCAUGACUACAAGCUUUCUCAAUUCAUCACCGUUGAUGGAGAGAUUAAACUUGCGGACCUCGACGAUGUCGAUAACAAUCAUUCGCCGUGUUCAACGAGUUCGGAGUGCAGUAUUGAUAUGGGAACCAAUAUUACACUCUACACCUCGUGUAGCAAUGAAGUCUGUUCUAACUUCAGUCAGAAAUCGAACAUGGCACAUUCCUACCUAAAGUUCUUCGUUUUCCUGCAACUCGAACAACCACCUGGGAUGAGUGAACUCAUAGGACAAUUUAUUAAUAACACCAAAAAGAUUCUGUGGUCUCCAAGACAGUGUUUGCAGCAUAUGCAGACAAUACUAAGUUAUUAUAAGCAGGGAAAAUAUAUAGACCAAGGAUAUACCUCAAAUAUUAAUGAUUCACAUUUCCGUGUUUAUCAUGAUCAUACUGCCGAUCAAGGCGAGGAAUAUUGGUGUCCUGGUACCAGACAACUCGCUGCCACAUGUGUGCUGUCUGUACACGAUGAGAAUGAAGCAAUAACAAUAUGUCUUCGAGAUCGACAGUGUGUAGCCUUUGUCUUGACUCCGGAAAGAACAUGGACAGGAAGAUACAUUGCUCAUUUUAAGAAAGCCAUUUCAAUGAUGUCUAUCCGACCUAGCAAAGGAAAUACUCUAUUUGUGUUUCCAACAUUAUAAUGAUAAAACCGUUAGUUCCAUUGUGGACCCCCAUCCUCAACGCCACUGCUUAGAGGACUAUCGUUAUGGUAUAGCUUUCAUCCAGUAUAUUUCUUUUUUAUUCAUAGAACUCGGGGACAUUUAAUAAAACAAAAAGUCAGUUAUUUUCACUGACUGUUGAAAUGAGCUUUAAAAAAAUUCAUGCAUCUGAUUGGCUCAGAGCAUGUACUCUAAAAAAUUUUGUUUAUCCAUUGUGACGAAAAUUUUGCCCAUUCUAAAUUAGCAGCUGCUUAUUUGUCAAUCUUACUGGAUAAUAUGCUUCCCGCAUUGGGUAAAAUACUGCCCCAAAUCGGUUGGACACAUAAUUACCCUCGUGCUGGUUGAAAUUUGACCCAAUAUUUUUCAGUGUGUUUCAGGCAGUGAAAUCGAUGACUGCUUUUCGUAAAACACUUCCCAAGUUUUUUUUAAACCUGACGUUAUAAUUGGUCAACAGAGGGGAAAUUGUAUAUUUUUUAUGGGGUUUAAGAUAUUAUUCGUGUCGUUCGCCCCGAAUUCAGGAUCCCGUUUCAUAAAGAGUUACAACCGUUGUAACUUUGCCAUUAUGGCAACUACUAUGGAAACCUUGAUUUUGAUUGGCUGCUGAACCAUGUUGCCAUGGUAGUUGCCAUAAGGGCAAAGUUAACAUUUGUAGCUCUUUAUGAAACGGGGGCCCAGAUGGGCAUGGAUUAAGCUGUGCUGAUAAUGGUAGUCAAUUAUAGGGUUAUAGCUCCAGUCCAGAAGAGGCACAAAAUUCGUAACAUUUUGUCAAAAAGAGGUCAAGAAAGAAAUUAAAAGAAGAAACAUCGAAGAUGAGAUAAUAAAUGGUGAUGACUAAGAAGAUAGGGAAGAA